AUAUUAUUAUUAGAGAGAUUGAGAGGAGAGAAGGAGACGGUGACAAAAACAAUGGCGAAUUUGAUGAUGAGAUUACCAAUUGGCUCGAGGAGCUUCUCCGUCUCAGCUUCUCCAUCCAACGGAUCGCCGCCGGUGAUCGGAGGAUCAAGCGGCGGUGUAGGUCCGAUGAUAGUGGAAUUACCGUUGGAUAAGAUACGGAGACCUUUGAUGAGAACUAGAUCCAAUGAUCAGAACAAAGUGAAGGAGCUUAUGGAAAGUAUCAGUGUAAUCGGUCUUCAAGUUCCGAUUGAUGUGAUUGAAGUUGAUGGAACUUACUAUGGGUUCUCGGGUUGUCAUAGGUACGAGGCGCAUCAGAAGUUAGGGCUUCCGACUAUACGUUGCAAAAUCCGCAAAGGAACUAAGGAAACACUAAGGCAUCAUCUUCGCUGAGAGAAUGUUUACUUUUGAAGUAUAUUAAAUUUGUAUGGUAAGGGGUAGUCGAGAGUGUGAAUUUGAAAGUGUUGUGGUUUAUCUUUAAAUUAAAAGUAAGAACUUUGUACAAUCUCUGUGAUAGAUUUGGUAAUCUAAGUAUAAAGUAUUAAGUACUAGAUGAAAAGGUUUCAAAGUGA